AUGGCUAAAAGUCCCAUAAUAUUCUGGUGUUUCCCGAAUUGGAAAACGUUUUUGAAAGUUACUUUUACAUACUUCUCAGGUUUUGCUGGCACUCCUGGUUAUCUUUCUCCAGAGGUUUUGCGUAAAGAACCAUAUGGUAAAGCGGUAGACGUCUGGGCUUGCGGUGUUAUUCUUUACAUCCUUCUUGUUGGAUAUCCACCAUUCUGGGAUGAAGAUCAGAAUCGAUUGUACAGUCAAAUCAAAUCGGGAGCAUAUGAUUAUCCUUCACCAGAAUGGGAUACAGUUACCCCUGAAGCUAAGAAUUUAAUCAACCUAAUGCUAACAGUCAGUCCUGCAAGGCGAAUCACAGCUGCAGAAGCCCUCAAACAUCCAUGGAUUUGUCAACGAGAACGUGUCGCUUCCCUUGUGCAUCGUCAGGAGACGGUGGAGUGCUUAAAGAAAUUCAAUGCACGACGUAAAUUGAAGGGUGCUAUACUUACGACUAUGCUAGCCACACGCAAUUUUUCUAUGAAAAAGGAUGACAGUUCUGGUCGGGGUACCGUUCCAGGAAGUCAUACUUCUGUAACUAAGAAGUCUAAUGAUGGUAUUAAAGAAUCAUCUGACAGUUCUACUGCAGUAAUGGAGGACUCAGCUGAUAUAAAAAGCAAAAAACAGGACAUCAUCCGGGCAACAGAACAACUAUUGGCUGCUGCUGCAGCUGGUGACUUCGAACUCUACCUUAAAUUUUUGGAUUCUCAAUUCACCUAUUUCGGUCCAGAAGCAUGUGGGAAUUUACUCGAAGGGGCUGAUUUCCAUAAGUUUUACUUUGAACAAAUCAUUCCGAAAUCAGUUGUUCGUGCUAUUCAUACCAGUAUACUGAACCCGACUGUACAUUUAAUGGGUGAAGAUGCAGCUUGUAUUGCCUACACAAGACUUACUCAGUUCCUAGAUAAAUGUGGUAUGCCCCAUACACAACAAACAGAAGAAACCCGUGUUUGGGUAAGACGUAAUGAUCGUGGCUGGCAGAAUGUCCAUGUACAUCGUUCUUGUUUAUCAGCAGGCUCAGGUGGUGGUGGAUUCUCAAAUAUUAGUACAACUGGAUCAGCUAGUUUCAACUAUCCACUUUAGAAUCAAAAUAAUAUUGCUCAGAUCAUGAGAGAUAUUGAAACAAGGAAGUAUAUGUAUACAUAUACUAUCAGAAAUUUUAUGCUUUAAUAUUGAAUCAAUUCCGUUUGUCUUUUUGCGUAUUUUCUUUCUUUCUUAAAAUUUCAACAUGCAAUUUAUCCAAUCAAUAAAAACCAGGUUUAUCUGAUUAAAAAUAUAAACCUAUUCAUUUUGUCGUUUCUUUGCUCAUGUUGAUAUGCACAUUAGUUUUGCAAUUCGAUUUUAUAAUGCAAAAUCUGAUUACUUAGUCGGUUAAAUGUUCACUUAUCUUAAUGGUUAACUUGUAUGUGCAAUUAAAUUCUUGCUUUAUAUCCUCGUUGAUUUAACUUAUUUAUUCACUGAUAUUCUCUGAUGUUUUUAAGUGUGCGGUUAAAUAGCUGACAUUCCACUUUACUCACUUGUUUUUAGUUUAUACUCAAGUAAUACGAGAUUUCUUUCUGUUAAUACUGACCUACCACUUACCCACAAGACAAAAAUAUUAAGUUGUUUCUAUGUAAAGAAUUCUGAUUGGUAUACCACUUUAUGUUUAUUGUUACAAAUGUUAAUGAUUGUUGGAACUUGUGCACGAACAAUUACUUGUAUAAUACAUCACUGAACUUAUGAAUACUUGUCUUAUCAGGCUAUAACAUCUACUUACCUGUCAAACAGGAAAAACACAAUAUCUAUGCUACUUUUAGUGCGCAUUUUGCAACUUAUGAUCUACGUUCAUUCUCUUCUCACUUUUUGCCCCUCUUCGUAUCUCAGUCCACUUGAUAUUUAGUUUUUUUGAUUUCCUGAGUAUUCUUCCUGGACUAUCUCAUGAUUUUUUGUCCAUGGCUUGUUUUAAAAAGAAUAAAGUCCAUGCAAAAAAUCUUCAGUUUACAUAGUCCACACUUUUACCAUUAUUCGUUAUCGACUGUGAUGCUUUUCUUGUGUUCUGUAUUUUUGUUUAUCUUCAAUUAACUUAUGAAUAGUACGGACUGAUUAUAAUUUCGUAAAUGUUAUUCGUACAUUUGAUUCCUUCCACUUCAAAUUGCUUAUUUUUGAUUUCUACAUUGUCUGUUUUAUUAUGCUUUUCUUUCAAUUAUUGCUACAUACUAUGCUUUCCAAAUAAGCAUGCAUGUCUUUCAAUGCUUCGUACUUAUUAAAUUUAAUAAUAUUUAUCAUUAUCGUUAUUUCGUCGUGGUAAAAUUUUAACUUUUUCCGUACGAUUGUUUGUCAAGCCUAAUUUAUUUAAUCAUCGUUGUGGUCUGGACAAAUAUUUUAUUUCGAAUUAUUAUAUCUUGUUCCUGUUAUAUGUCUUUUAGAUUCUUAAACUUUUGUAUUUGUACCUGUCAUAAUGAAUAUCCUAUAAUCUUCCCUAUAAAAGUAAUUAACUACUUAUAUUUAUUUCAGUGGAAAUUAUGAUAUUAAGGAUUUCUAUGUUUUACUUUCUUGGUUUAUAUAGGUUCGAAUGUACAUGAGUUACGUUCAUGAACCUUUUUCCACCAAAAUAAAUUGAAGAUAUAAGUGUUCAGCGUUCAACAAGAGACAGUAUUCGUGAUAUUAUUUUAACUUUCCUAGUCAAUUUGUCAGCAUCUUUCGUUUGAAGUAACAAACCUUCACAUAUUUAUUUCUGUUCUUAUAUCUACAUUCAGUUUUUACUGUAUGCUUCCAUUAAACUUAAAAAAAUUCAAUACAUCUGUUUUUUGACCUUUAUAUAUUUUUCUUUAUUCUAAGAAUAUAUUAUUUUAUUCUAAAAACAGUUGCACAUUUACUGUGUUACUACGAAGGAAAACAUCACUUUCCCUAAUUAUACGUAUGUACUUGUGUUUAUAAUAAACUUAUGUGUAACAAAGAAUCGGCCAGUAAGCUAAAUCCAAUGCUUUAUAUUGUUCGACGACCACUAUAGUGGUGUAUUAAUCAUUGAAUAUAAUCUUCUGUUUUAUAGGCGCCUACUUGUAACCGAGUCUGUUUUCCCUUAAUGUUCCUCUCUAAUUAAAUGUUGGUUUGCUUUCUAAGCCGAUAAAAAUAGUGAUUUCAGUGUGAAGUCUUUUCUCGGUGAUGCUAUGUGUACCUGUUACAUUUGUUUGUCUGCUUUUCUGAUUAUUUACUUGUUGUUCCGUUGUUGUUAUUUUGUUUCCUACAAAAAAUGUCAAAACAGGUUCACUAACGGAUCUUUUAUGUUUCUUGUAUUUUCUGUUGUUAAGUAUUAUUUGAUUAGGAAGAUUAACCAUGACUGAAAAUAUUAUAUUUCAAAAACUUACCUGCAACAAUUUAUCUGUAACCUCGUAUUUGUUUGGUUGUUUUCUCGUUAUUUAUUAUUGUUUAUUCCUCAACCUGUUUAUUUCAUUCAUUUUGCUCACACACACUUACCCAGCUUACAUGUCGACUAGCUGGUGAAAAAAGCCAGAAAUACAAGGUUACUCUUAAU